AUUUGCCUAAGACGUAAUAAUUAACUAUUAAAUCUUGUUUUUUCGCAACAUACUGCCAUCUUUCGGCUAAAGUUACAGGUUUAUUUUCUCACAAGAGCAAAUCAAUUAUCACCUGAUGAAUAGAAUAUAUUCUUUGGCAAUUGUAAUAGAGAUCUUAAAUAAAAUUACAACGUUUAGUUGCUGAGAAGUUACACGAGGCAUGGGCAAUAAAAUUUGUUUGUCUCUGUAUAGCAAUGAUUAUUUGAAUUUUUGAGUCUGACGCUAAGGUAAAAAAGAAUAUGUUGCCCUAAUUAUAGCCAAACCAUUCGAAUCAAUUGGGUAUAUGGUACGUGAUUGUCAAGCACCUAUCAUAUUUUCUCUGAUAAUUAUUAUAAGAUAUAUUAAUAUAUACUUAUUGACGACUGAAAAAUCAGACUGUAUCAGUAAUGAGAAAAACUUCAAAAUGUUGAUGACGAUCAAUCUAGAGAUUAAUCAUUGGCGUAUCAGCUUUUUUCAUUUACAUUCUUUCAAGUCUCUAUGAGUUAAGUUCCUAUAAUUAAUGAUUUGUGUAAAUAUCAUAAAAACCAAGUAUCGUCUUGCAAAUUUUUUAAUCCAUUUAGGACAAUCAGUUAGACACGUAAGUAAUAAUAAGUUAGAAUAUAAUCACUAUACAUUAUGAUAGAAACUGCAAAGGUAAUCGAUGACAAUAUGAUAUCACUUGUGCUAUACCUAUCAAAGAUAAUCAAGAACCGUACUUCAGAAACAUUUGCAAUAAUACCAAAGAACUCAAGAAAAUAAGUCAUACAGAGGUACAUAGUCCCUCUAGCGGGAAACUAAGCACCGCGUUAGAUUGACGACAGACACGGUUAGAUGAGACUUUAUGGAAUACCUUAUUGUGAAUAAAAUGGUAAAAUGUGAAAAUCUAUGUGUUUUAUCUAUCAUUUUUUUAAAAAAUAUUUAAAGCAAGAUGAACUGGACGAAUGCUUCUAAUUUGGAACUAUCGAAAGACCGAAAUUGGCCAGCGGUUGCUCUAUCUUUUGUAAUAAUCUUAGCAAUUGGUGGAAAUGUGCUGGUUUGCUUGGCGGUCAAACGAGAAAGAAAAUUACAUAAUAGAUUUAACUAUUUUUUAGUCUCUUUGGCUUUUAGCGAUAUGCUGAGUGCACUGCUUGUUAUGCCUUUAUCAAUAUAUCGAACAGUCGCUUUUGAUGAUACUAGUAAGUUUUUAUAUAUUUCUAUAAAAUGAAAAUAUAUAGGCAAAUAUCUUACAGAGGCAAAAUAAUUGUUUAAGUUUCAUGUGAAAAAGGCCCUUUGUUUGCUACAUUUGAGCAAACUUACUUUUUACUUAACAAUUUCAGCCUAUCUUGACGGAUAGAUGCAGGCAUUUCUGCUCGAGAUUAAUCCAGCCUUCAAAAUACUUUCUCUAAAUCUACAACGCUAUUGUAAAAAUAUCGCUAAUAUUUUAUAUCAGUACCUAAGAAAAGCAACUAUUAAUUAAAAAUCUUUAAGUGACUGAAUUACCAGUCAGUUCCUUGACAUAUGAACACGUGCUCUGUUUCCUAAAAGUAACACAUAAGUCUUAGAUUGUAAACUAUGUGUUACUGAUUUCUUACAGAACAUAAUAUUUACCUAUCCAUCAGACAAGCUUCUAUUAAGACUAUAAUAAUUCUAUUUAACUGUUUUGUUUUGGCGAAUAACUACAUUUUUAAUCUUUCUCUUUUGAUAAAUUAAAUUUUCGAUCGGAGUGUGUAGAAAAGGUUUAACAUCUAAUAUUAAACAAACAUUUUCUCUUUACUCCCGCUCAGCAUUUAGGUUUAAUCUAUUAAGAAUUAAGAAACCAAUCAGUAAAGACAUUUUUAUAAUACAGCUGCUUUUGUAGUUGCACAUUGUUUCUUUAAAUUCUACUACUUUUAAUUGAGGAAAGUUUAAGGGAGAAAGUCAUUUAAACACUUCUAAAUUUCGUAAAAAGAUCAUGUCAGUAUUGUUAUAUAUAUAUAUAAAACUUUUAAUUAUGUAAUAGAUAUGAACUAACGUCAAAGACAUGAAAAAAAAUAUACUCUCAAAUGCAAUUACACCAAUUAACUUUGGAACAAUUCCGGAAGUUUUAAUUGGUCAAUUGGAGUUUUCACCUUUCCUUGAAUGAUAUAGAUACUAUUAAAUUAUUUUUACGCCUUGCCCACAUUUUAAGUAAACUCAGUCUCAUCAACUAGAUGUCAGAUUGUGAAAUGAUACCGUUUUAAAAGAGUUAGAAACACGAAUAUGGUAGACCAAGGAGUUGUAAAAGGUUAAAAAAAACCAAUUGAGUUUAAUAUAUACAGGCGGUUGAAAUAUUGCUGAAAAUUAGUUGAAAGAAAAGACCUCAGUUUCUUUAGACCGUUACGAACUUUUGCAAUUAGUGAUAAGGCCUCGCCAAACAAAAUGCCAAUAGAGUGAUGAUAUUGCGAGCUUCGAAUACUAAAUCAACGAAAGAAUGGCAUGCGCUUCGAUUUUCGAAGGAAAUUUCAAACAUUAGAUCAUUAAUCACUUUUUUACGUUUGGCUUGUUACUGAUUCUACUGCUCAAAAGCCUGUUUCAUGCACUAGAUUUUACAAGAACAUUUGUCGGGUUCUAUGAAGAAUAAACUUGUCUUUAUUAUAAAGUAUUCCCUUUAUAUAGAUGGGCUUUUGUUUGAUAUUAUCUUUUCCUAAUAUGUCCUGAAGAAUGAAAUUUCUACUUAUGAAUUACCACCAUAUGUCGAGCUUCUAAUUGUUGAAGAAUACAAAAGAAAGCAGAUUCUAAUGAAACUUUCUGUAAAAUAAUAGAUGUUUAAUGCCCUUCUGCUGUUGAGUCCAUAAGGAAAAAAAUUGCUAUAACCGGAUUGGGUUAUUGCUUAGUUCUUUAAUAUAUAAGCUUUCCUCGUUAUUUUUCUUAGACUAUUCACUUUAGGAACAGCUUGCUAUAGCAAUAGCACAAUUAAAAAUAUCUGUUGACGACAGCCUUUAUUUGCAGGGCAGUGGUAUGUGGGAUAUAAUUGACAUGUAUAACUGACUUGAAUAGAUAUAACAAAAAAUUAGAUGAUGUGAUUAAAGUGAUAGUCAUACGUUUACAUUAUUUAUUGGAAACUUUUCCAUCGUAUAGUUUAUUAUUUGAUUUAAUUUCUAUCAAAUACUUUUUCAAUCAACUGUCUAAAAUUUACUAAGACAACUUCGGUGUUUAUUUGUUUUUAGGCAGACUAUGAUUUUUAAUCUAUUAACUUUCUACUUAAGUUUUUCUUUUAGUGAAGGGUCUUUAAGUCAUAGUUCUAGCAAAUUAGAAUCCAUUAGCAGUUUACUACCAUUUUUUCAUUAUUGACAGGGACAUUGCCGAAGACGAUGUGCAUAGCAUGGUAUGCUCUAGAUGUUUUAUUUACUUCGUCAUCAAUAAUACAUCUCUGUAUGAUAUCGAUUGAUCGUUACCUAUCUUUACAAUAUCCCCUCAAAUAUGGAAGAGUUGGAAAAUCAGGAACUUGUCGAACUGGCUUUGAAAUAUUUAUUGUUUGGAUUUUAAGCUUUUGCAUAGCGGUUCCGUUAUUUUUUAGCAGUGUUUACGCAGAUCAUGGUGACUCCGAUAGACAAUAUAAAGGAUGCGGACCCGAAAACGCCUCUUUUGUACUUUCGGCAUCUAUAUCUUCAUUUUAUGCUCCUUUGCUCAUAAUGAUUAUUAUGUACCUUCUAACGGUCAGAGCACUCCAACGACAGCGUCGAGUCCAGAGAUCUAUUAAUGCCAAUACUUUCGUAAAGCCAGAUCAAAAGAAUCACCCUCUACUCGAUGUCCGAUGCCGGUCUAAUGAAAAUAGUACUACUACAUUAAGCUUGUUACAACCCGAGCUCCCACAGAAUCAACGCCCAGCUCGAAUAUCACCCUCCCGAAGGAUUACUUACUUGGAUCGGUCAAAGCGUGCUGUUCAAGUUUUGGGAAUACUAUUUGGAGUCUUUGUUCUCUUUUAUCUACCAUUCUUUGCUACCCUUGUUAUAAAUGCCACUAUAAAAUCUGUAUCCGAUCAAUUAUUGAUGACAUUCGAAUGGUUAGCUUAUGGAAGUGCUGCUGUAAAUCCAGUCGUUUAUCACGUAUUUAAUCCAGAUUUUCGCCGAGCCUUUCAUAAACUAUUCAGCCGACAUGGAGAUGAACAAAUCGGCUGAGUUUCAGAUAUAAGUGAAAGCAGAAAGUCACAAUUGAAUAAUAUGUCUAUUACAAGCGAACUUGUUCAGAAGCAGUAUAUACAGUAUACAUUAUAUUGUUAUAAUAGGAUAAGAUAGAAAUUAUUGUUUUACUGAAAAUUGCUCGUUUUACCUUUUCUCGCAGACAUCAUAAUUAAAUUUUUGUAACAUAUUAAAGUUAAUAACUAUAACUUUCAUGGAUUAAAUAGCUUAAAUACUAUUUAAAAAAUAUCCUGUUGUUUUUAUUUAAAUUUUCAUACAAGGCUUAAUUACUGAAAUGGUAAUUACAAAAUUACUCGUGAAUAUUUUAUUAAUGCUCUUUUGGAUUAAUGAUUGUUUAAAAUUAAAACAAAAGAGAACAUGGAAGAAAAGGUUCGAAUUAAAGGAAGACUAUAUGGAGGGAAGACUAAUACGAUCAAUCUCCGUGAUAGUCACGCUUUCAAAAUUUCAAUUACAGUAAAUUCUCAUAGCUUAUUCUUUAAUUAUUUUUCGUAGUUAAAUAUUUAAAAUAUCCAAUGUAUUGUUUUUAAGGAAAUAAAAGGAAAUUCUCUAAAAUUAAGAAGAUUCAUUCAAUGUUAAAGUAAAUCAAGGAAAUAAUCUACUGCUUGUUAAUUCUAAAAAAUAUAGCUACAUAAAUUUCACCCGUUUAAAAAGAAAACUGCAUCUAUUUAAACAAACUUGGGGAAAAUAAUAAAUUAUGAGUAUUGUUUUUACUUCAAAGUCUUUGUUUACAUAUCAGUCAUAAUGAAAUGUGAUAUUUGCUGAAAUAGAGCAAUAAAACAGAUUUGUUUAAUAUUUUAA